CCAUUUUAAGAUAAAUUUGAUAAAAAAAAGGCAAGUUAAUGAAUAUCAUUUCGUUGUGCAAAAAAACAAAGAGAGAUAUAACAUUUAGGUGUUAUUGUUUCUCGAAUUGGUAUAAGUAUAUGCGCACAACGCCAUAAAUAAGAUCCAAUCCUCACAGGAAAUUUGUUUCACAUAAAAUUGUACACACUCAAUAUGACAGUAUGUCUGUCAUAAAUAGUUUUCUUAAUUCCUUAUAUUCCCAAUUAUCCUCUUCUAAUAUUAUUACUUCUAACGAAAUGGAUAAAACUGACUCAGAUACUGAGCUCGAUAUCGGAAAACGUUGCCUACAUAAUCGAACUACCAGCUCUUUAGAUUCUUCUGACAAAAGUUACUCUCUUUGUGGGAUUUCUGUAACAGAAACUGGCACCAUUUCUGAGACACUCAUAUCCGAAUUGGGUACUGAGAAACUCGCAAAAGGGUGUCUUGAGCGCUAUGCGGAUGAGGCUGGUGACAGUCGUUAUGCGAGCAAAAAUAUUUCUAUCACCGACUCUGUUGACUCCGUUAACUCUGAUGAUUCAUUAGAAGCUGAGACGAUAAUUUUACGAGAGGAAAUUAUAUUCAAAGCAAUUCAAAAUAUAAAGAACUCGAUGCAAGUCGACCUAUGCUUCGUGUUGGAUUGCACGGGUUCCAUGACAAAAUAUAUCAAUGCUGCAAAGAACUGUAUCCUACAGGUGGUCCGUCAUAUGGAAAAUACAAACCCUAACAUCAAACUCUGGGUCGGAUUCUGCGGCUAUCGUGAUCAUUGUGACAACUCUGAUCGCAUACAAAUUUUAGACUUCACUGACUCAUACUCAAAAUUCAAAAGCUAUAUCUCAGACGAGGUAAAAGCUAAAGGUGGUGGUGAUGCUCCCGAAGACGUCUUAGGUGGUCUUGAUGCUGCUACAAAUAAGAUGAAAUGGUCUCACAGAACACGCAUUCUUCUUCAUUUGGGCGACGCUCCGCCGCACGGUCGCCGUUUCACCAAUAAAUCUGAUAGCUAUCCAGAUGGUGACCCAAACGGUUUAACUGCAGAAGGCGUGUUAAAAAACCUUCAAUCAGAAGAAAUUCUUUAUUAUUUUGGGAAGAUUACAAAUCAAACCGAUAAAAUGAUCGAUGUAUUCCGUGAUAUAAUUAGAGAAUUUCCGGUGUUUAAUUUUGAAAGUGAUUGUAAGGAUCCAGAGGUAUUAACUAGGAAACUCUUUGAGGCAGUCUGUUCUUCCAUAACUUCCUCUGUCACAUUAACUAGCAUCACAGACGAAAAUGUUUAUGUACGCAGUCGAAGGGAACUUGAGAUGGAUAAAAAUGUACCUGAUUGGAAAAUGCUUCCGGUCAAUACUGGAAAACUUUUGCAUUAUCUUCCUCCGAAAACUUUAGAUGACAUCAAGAAUAAAAAAUAUUUCAAAAAUAAAUCGAAUUUAAUUCUCCGAAAAUUUUCUUACAAACUCGCCCCGAAACCAUUCUCUUCAGGAGCAGAACGUUACGCUUAUUACGCUCUUGAUGCCACACGUGAGCAGACUGAGGAAAUUGUUAUAAAAGAAUGUAUCGACCUCGGAAAAAAAGCAAAUUCUCUUGAACGAUACCUCGAAAUGAUAGAAGUUUCCACUGUCGCUCACUUCCUUUCAGCAAAAUUCAACUUGGCUGCCAAACAAAUUGGUAUCAAGAAAAAGGUGAAUUUUCUCAAAUCGCAAGCUUUGCGCUAUAAAGAUGGUUCCGAUGUUCGAUGUUAUGCAGUAGAACCGAAAUUUCGCGAUGGUUUGUUUAAACGAUUUAACGUAAACAGAGGAGUAAUUAAAGAAUACCAUUCCACCCUUGAAGCGUUCGCACAUUUCACAUACGAAUAUACAGGAGGUUAUUUAGUGGUUUAUGACUUACAAGGAGUAGAGCUCUCUAAUAAAUUUUUGCUAACAGAUCCGGCAAUACACUGCAAGAAUCGUUUAAGAUUUGGGAGAACAAAUCUCGGAAAAAGAGGCAUUGAAGUUUGUUUCUUAGCGAAUCAUAAGUGUGGCAAUGUGUGUGAGAAGUUGGGUUUGGCUAAGAUAAGCAAAUGAAGUUAGACUUUACGUUUCUGAUAGUAUUAUUAUAAAUUAUUUACUUAUUUUUUACUUUUUAUAUUGCAAAAAAAAAAAAAAAAAAA